AUGUCCCUACUCACCCCACCACCCAUUACCAUCGAAGACCUCCACGCUUUCCAAGCAAAACACUUCCCGGGGAGCGUCAUCGCCCAGACACCACAGCCACAGCCACAACAAGUGACGAAUACCAACCAGCCCGAAGAACAAUACACCUUGGAAGAAGAAGAGUAUGAAUACUACUACGAAGAAGAAGACCUAGGCUACUACCCCGACGGCGUGAAACGCACCCUCACGGACGAGCAAAUCCGCAUAUUCAGACAUAGUGAGAUCCAUGCGUUGAGGAGGGAGAAGGAGUUGCGUGAGGAGGAGGAGGAGGCGGAUGCUGCUGCUGCUGCUGCUGCUGCUGCUGCUGCUGCUGCGGAGCGUGCCGUAGUUGCAGAUGCGAAUGCAAAACCAGAUGCGGCUGGUACAGAACAAGCGAGCAAGUCUCGGGUAGAAGGGGAAGAAGAUGCGGAUGUGAAGAUGGAUUAUGGGGAUGGGGAUGGGGGUGCUUCUGCUUCUGCUUCGAAUACGACUUCGAAGGCGGCUUCUAGGCCUGUGCCGCAGUUUACGGGCAGGAGGAUCAUUUCGUAUGAUGAUUGA